AUGUCACAGAGUCGGCCCGGGCUGUUUCCGAGUUUGCGCAUGGGUGAGGUCAUCCGUGAGAAAGUCCAAGAUGGACUGACCGGCGAGGCCAAGGAGAUCUCCUACACCCAAUGUAAGAUUGUCGGCAAUGGCUCCUUCGGUGUGGUCUUUCAGACCAAGAUGUCUCCCAGCGGGGAAGACGCCGCCAUCAAGAGAGUGCUGCAGGACAAGCGGUUCAAGAACCGUGAACUGCAGAUCAUGCGGAUUGUGCGACACCCGAACAUUGUCGAACUGAAGGCCUUCUACUACUCCAACGGUGACCGGAAAGAUGAAGUAUACCUCAAUCUCGUUCUCGAGUAUGUGCCAGAGACCGUGUACCGUGCAUCCCGUUACUUCAACAAACUUAAGACCACGAUGCCCAUGCUCGAGGUGAAGCUGUACAUCUAUCAACUGUUCCGGUCGCUGGCCUACAUUCAUUCCCAGGGAAUCUGUCAUCGUGAUAUCAAGCCCCAAAAUCUGUUGCUCGACCCCUCCACGGGAAUUCUGAAACUCUGUGAUUUCGGCUCGGCCAAGAUUCUCAUCGAAAACGAGCCCAACGUUUCAUACAUCUGCUCGCGCUACUACCGAGCCCCCGAGUUGAUCUUUGGCGCAACCAACUACACAACAAAAAUUGAUGUUUGGUCGACUGGUUGUGUGAUGGCUGAAUUGAUGCUGGGACAGCCCCUCUUCCCAGGCGAGUCGGGCAUUGACCAACUCGUAGAAAUCAUCAAGGUCUUGGGCACUCCAACUCGGGAACAGAUCCGCACCAUGAACCCCAAUUAUAUGGAGCACAAGUUCCCUCAAAUCAAACCUCAUCCCUUCAAUAAGGUUUUCCGAAAGGCACCCCCAGAGGCCAUUGAUCUCAUCUCUGCCCUGCUGGAAUACACCCCGACACAACGGUUGUCUGCCGUAGAGGCCAUGUGUCACCCCUUCUUCGAUGAGCUCCGGGACCCCAACACCCGGCUACCGGAUUCCCGUCACCACAACAACCCCUCCAAGGAUCUGCCCGCCCUCUUCGACUUCUCACGACACGAACUCUCGAUCGCCCCGCAAAUGAACACCCAGUUGAUCCCCCCGCACGCCCGUCCCGCCCUUGAAGCCCGCGGCCUCGGUCUCGAUACCUUCAAACCCCUGGCCAAGGAGGAGAUGAUUGCGCACCUCGAUUGA